CAUGGCGACGAGCGUGAUGGGGUCUUUUCUUCUUCCACGGGAGGCGCUGUACGCGGCGGCGGUCGCGGCCAUGGCGUGGUGCGCCGUGUGGGCGCUGGAGUGGGCGUGGUGGAGGCCCCGGCGGCUGGACCGGGCGCUGCGGUCGCAGGGCCUCCGCGGCACGGCGUACCGCCCCGUGGCCGGCGACUCGCCGCUGAUGCAGCGGCUGAACAGGGAGGCCAGGUCCCGGGCCAUGCCGCUGGGGGUGGGAUGCCACGACGUCAUGCCGCGGGCGAUGCCGCUCUUCCACCGGGCCAUGCACGAGCACGGUAAGAUGUCAAUCACUUGGUUUGGACCUGUACCCAGAGUGACCAUUACCAAGCCUGAACUGGUGCGAGAGGUUCUGUCCAACAAGUUCGGGCAUUUUGAGAAGCUCAAGUUUGGCCGACUCCAGAGGAUGCUGCACAACGGCGUGGGUAGCCACGAGGGCGAGAAAUGGGCCAGGCACAGGAGGAUCAUCAACCCUGCCUUCCAUCUGGAGAAGCUCAAGCGCAUGUUGCCGGCCUUCGCAGCAUGUUGCACCGAGCUGGUGCAGAGAUGGGAGGGUCUAGCCCUAGCCGCGGGCGAUGCGUCGUGCGAGGUGGAUGUUUGGCCUGACAUGCAGAACCUGACAGGGGAUGUCAUCUCUCGCGCCGCAUUUGGCAGCAGCUACCUGGAGGGCAGGAGGGUCUUCCAGCUUCAGGGGGAGCAGCUUGAGCUCGUCUUGCUCGCCAUGAGCAAGAUGCACAUCCCUGGUUAUUUCUUCUUGCCAACAAAAGCCAACCGAAGGAUGAAGCAGAUCGCUGCCGAGAUCGAGAGGGUCCUCAAGGGUAUCGUCGCCAAGAGAGAGAACGCCAUGAGAGCCGGCGAGGCCACGAGCGACGACCUUCUCGGGCUGCUGCUCGAGUCCAACAUGGCGCACUGCGGGGAUUCGAAGGGCGCCGGCAUGGGCAUCACGACCGACGACGUGAUCGGGGAGUGCAAGUUGUUCUACUUCGCCGGCGCGGAGACCACGUCGGUGCUGCUCACAUGGACGAUGAUCCUGCUCUGCAUGCACCCGGAGUGGCAGGACCGCGCCAGGGAGGAGGUCCUGCGCGUCCUCGGCGCCGCCGGCACGCCGGACCACGACGGGCUAAGCCGCCUGAGGGUGGUGACCAUGGUGCUGCACGAGGUGCUGCGGCUGUACACGCCGGUGACGGCGAUCCACCGCGAGACGUACAAGCCCAUGGAGCUCGGCGGCGUCAGGUACCCGGCGGGCGUGGUGCUCAUGCUGCCGCUGCUCUGCGUCCACCACGACAAGGAGGUGUGGGGCGCCGACGCCGACGAGUUCAGGCCGGAGAGGUUCGCCGAGGGGAUCUCCAGGGCAUCCGUCGCCGACGCACCGGCGUUCUUCCCCUUUGGGUGGGGCCCGCGGGUGUGCAUCGGCCAGAACUUCGCGCUGCUCGAGGCCAAGAUGGGGCUCGCCAUCAUCCUGCGCCGCUUCUCCUUCCAGCUCUCGCCGUCGUACACGCACGCACCGUUCCCCGUCGGCCUGCUGCAGCCGCAGCACGGCGCGCAACUCAGGCUCAAAACCCUAGCUCAGUGAGCCAGCUACGUAUCACAAAAUGGGAUUCUUGAUCCAUCUGCAUGUCAGGAAUAUAUUUAUGUGUAUAUUUUUUGCUUUCUGUGCAAAUUGCUUGUAUCAUAUAACUGUUGAGUAUAUGUGUUAUGUGCAUAUUAUGUAUUUAGGUCACCUCCUAGUUUUUUAUAUAGUUGAGGUCCCUGG